CAUGGCAGGGACUGAGAAAAAACAAAAUUCAGAAUUUAGACACGAGGCAAGAUUACCUACAUACGAUCCUGUAUGCUCGACCUGUUUUAUAAUACCUUGAAACUUGUCGAACUGUUUUAAUUCAGCAACAGGUGUGGCAUAGAUUACUGAGUUUGAAUCCCCAAUUUGUGGUAUGACUCCUAGGAUUAGCUCUGUCAAAUCAUGAGGAAUCCGUGCAUGUUGGGGUACUCAGAUUAACCAUGUGGAUCAGCAGCUACGUGGACGUAUAGUUUUAAAGCUCGCCCUCUUUCAAUCAGUUCUCUAGAACCUUUUGCCAUCUUCCCACCAAGCUCAUUACAUUUUUGACAUGAAUCUUUUCUGUAAUGUUUUAUAGAAAUCCUUUAUUUUCUCGAUUAACAAAAGAUGAAAACUUCUCAAGUUAUUAAUUUGCAGGAAAAAUGCAUAGAUAAAAACUGGUUGGAUCUGAGAGUAUUCUAUGUGAGAAUGAGCUCAUGCCCAUUUCAAAAAUGUCCACAGUUUUUAUCAUUGCAUCUUCUUCCUAGAGAUUUUUCAGUUGGGCUUGAAGUAAACGGGGAGCAUAUUGCUCAUUCUGAGAUUGUUGCUUCUGUUCUGCAAAGAGAUAGGAUUGAUGAAGAAAGUGAUGAAGUUACAUAUGUAAGUACAGACAGUGUUAGGACAACAGGGCUCCUGAGAUUUGAGGUUUAUUAUAAGGAAUCUUUGGUGAUAUGUGCGAAGCUGGAGAGAUUGUACACCGGGAUUGAGGAUUUUGAAAAGGAUGAGGAGUUGGAGUGGAGCAUGGAUUGCUCCGCAGCAUUUAGAUUGGUAGAUUGGGUGUCCUUGAGGAGGAGUUCUGAGCUGAGACCUUGGAGUGAUUCUACUCCUGUGAUGGAGGUCUAUGUUGCUGGUUGUUCCUUUGAGAGACCUGUUAUUUUCACAAAGAGACUUGAACUUGUCUGCAGGAGAAAUGUUGGAGAGAGAGAGGGUGCAGGGAGACCCUGUUUGGUUGCUAUCGCAGAAGAUGAGGAAAUCAAAAAAACUUGUGAGAGUAGAGCGAGGAGGGAUGCUUUGUUUCAGCUUAACGAUUGCAGUGAUGGUGAAGACCUAGAAGAAAAUGUUAGACCUGCAUUCACUGACUAUGAUCCGGGUAAUCACUACACUGGAGUGGAAAAUGGAGAGCUCUCUUGGUUCAAUGCUGGUGUUAGCGUUGGUUUAGGAAUUGGCCUAGGAUUGUGCUUUGCAGUUGGAAUAGGAGUUGGAUUGCUUGUAAGCACAUAUCAAACAGCCACAAAGGCUGGUAGGAGCAGGCGGUUUUAGUUGUGCAGUUUACCUCUUGAUGCUAAAAUCCGUCAGUAACAAAUCUUUUUACCAACUUUGGUGUCCCUAAACAGGAUAACAGUAAGACAGCAAGGAAUGUGCCUACUACCUUAUGUAAAUUUUAGUUUUGUUUUUUCUCUCGUUUCAACAUUUCUUUUUGUCAUUUAUAUUUUCUACAUUCUGUGAUGUGUUCAGUAGAUAAAAAGCAUCCAAAUCCUGUUGGCAAACAAUGGGGCAAAAGGUCAGUCUGGACAGACAGAUUCUAUACAUUUCGGCAAAGCAAUUGAUUUCAGUACACAGCAUUGGUAAAUGAUUUACAUUGCUUGCUGUAAAGGAAUGGUCCAAAAUAAUUGAAUAUAAUGAUAUGUUGUUGGUGUGGUAAUCAACAACAUGUACAGCGAUUCAGCAUUUGUAUCAAUGGCCAUGGGCACUAAAAACUUAGAGCUCUUUAUUC